CAACAACAACAACGACCACACACAACAGCAGCAAAGACAGGACAAUCGACGCAGUCCUCACCUGCGCCACCACUGCGCUUCAGCCCUCACUGACUGCUGCGAUUUGAUUGUCUCAUGCACGCCUCCGCCGCAUGCAUGCUGGAGUACGCGAGGCGAUCAUGGUUGGAGAGGCAAAACACAGCACAGAGAGGGGAGGAGCGGCGGCAUCGCUGGUGCUGCCAACCAGUCAAGAUGGCCACAAGGAUGGCUCGUGUGAGCAGCGACAAGCAUCCCCACGGCGCAUCCUGGUGAUCCUGUUCGUUCUGUGGCUGACCUUGUUUCUGUGCAGCCGGUUCUACCACUCCUUUGUCCUCAUCAUCAUCGCCUCCCACGGUGACCUGCCACUCCGCUACGACCCGUCCAGCCCACGUCAGCCCCGCUGGUACAAUGGGCCCUGGGCAACCACGCCGCAUCAGCAUCCCGCUGCCCCUGGCACUGCAUGCGUGGUGGACCUUCGCAGCCAAUCCAUUCUCUUUGUCGUUCGCCACGAGUGCGUACCGCGCCGCCGCCACGACCCAUCCUCUUCUUCCUCCUCCGCGUCAACAGCAGUGCCACCACUGCCAAACAGUCGGGUCCGGGCGGCGUGCAAUCGUGUCGCUGUUGCGUGGGACACCCCGCUGGCCGGGGGCCUGACCACGGGCUUGUCGAGCGAGGCGGUGUCGUUCCUCGUGCCGCUCUCCAAGCGCGCAGACAUCACCCUGGCCAGCGACUUUCGAGAAGACGGCAGCUUUGUCUCGGGCCUUGACCUGCACGAGCGCCGCGUUGUGCUCAGGCUCAACGCCCAGCGCAAGGCAGGCAUCCUCCCUCGGCCGCACAUUUACGUGUCGCAGUGGCCUCCAGGGUCCCUGUUUGCGCAGAAGAUGAGGGAGUACGGCGUCGGCGCGUCCACAUAUCGGAUCAGCCGCGCCAUGUACGAGGCCACGCGGUUGCCGUUCGACUGGCCGCCCAACUUCAGCGACAUUGACGAGUUCUGGGUGCCAUCGGAGUGGAACAAGCGCAUCUUUGUAGAGCAGUAUGGUGUCCCUCCUCGCGAUGUGCAUGUGGUGGAGGAAGGGCUCAACACGCGCGACACCUUCAACCCGCGCCUCUUCAAUGCUGCCGCUGCGCGCAAGGCGGUGUAUCCUGCUGACGUACAGGACUCGUUCAUCUUUCUCUCCGUCUUCAAGUGGGAGGAACGAAAGGCACCAACAACUCUCAUCAGGGCGUUUGUUGAGGAGUUUGGGGAGGACGAGAACGUGUCUCUGUUUCUCCGCACAUCACCACCCGCCUACAUCAACGUUGCGGCGGUGGCAGAGACAGAGGUUGGAAGGGCUGAUGGUCGCGUGCGUGUGCUUCAGCGACAGGACGACAGCCGGUAUCAGCAGAUGUUUGUGGGCGCAGAUGCCUUUGUCCUCGCCAGCCACGGUGAAGGCUGGGGCAGGCCCGUCUUCGAAGCGAUGGCGCUUUCCCUGCCUGUGAUUGCCACCAACUGGUCCGGCCCAACGCAGUUCAUCACCGAGGACACGGCAUAUCCACUCCCUGUACCGUCGCUGGAGCCAGCGCAAAUCCCGGGCGGCGCACACGACGCACAAUGGGCACACGUGAGCGUGACUGCCCUGCGUAAGCUCCUUCGCCACGUGUUUUCCAACCCAGAAGAAGCAAAACGAAAGGGAGAGCGCGCGCGCCAACACAUCCAACAACAUCUUGAUGAGCAGGUGGUCGCUGGCCAGGCAGAGGAGCGCCUUCGCAUUGCCUGCAGGCAACAGGCUGGGGGCGUGUUUCCACGGCAUAGACGGCAACAGCGCGGCAGUGCUGUGCACCCGAGCGGAGAUGGCUCGACUAGACACCAGCGGUGGUCGUCAGACUGGGUGUACCGAUGGGGCAGGCGACCACGGUAGGGGGGAGGGGUGGCGCUGGAAAAGGUGUAGAAUAAGCGAAUCGACAACGAGGAAUUGACCUAUAGGCGGAUGGGUCGUGUUAAAAUUUACUGGAGCUGGUUGGUUGUGUACAUUUUAAACUACAUAGUCCCAAAAGCAUAGCCAUGUUGUAAGAGAUGAUGUCACAGCAAGUAAACUGGUUCACCU